AUGAUAUCAAGAAACUUAAAUAAACCAUACAGAAUAGUAUCACAUAUAACAGUACCAAAUGGUACUAUUUCAGCAGAUUCAUCUAGAUCAUUUUCAAAAUUUAAUAAUAUUUUAAGUAAUUCAAUAAAAUAUAGUAGCAAUAAACCACUAUCAUUACAACAAUCUUUUGUUAAAAAUACCACUAUUUUACCAUCAUCACACUCAUCUACCAGUUCACUUUUAAAUACAACCAUCCAAUCUAAUAAACUUUUAAACGAAAUAAGAAAAUAUACUACAUCAUCACCACAACCACAACAAAAUAAUAAUAAUAAUAAUAAUAAUAAUAACAACAACGAAAUGAAACAAGCUGAAAAAGAAAAGGAAGUUAAAAUAGAAGAAAAGAAUGAUAAAGAAGAUAAAAAAGAAAAUCAAGAUGAUGACGAUAAAGCUGAUCUCAGUAAAUUAAGCACUGGCCAAAAAAUUAAAUAUUUACUUAAAAAGUAUGGUAAAAUUGCAUUGGUAGUUCAUUUUGGUGUUUAUUUCCUCACUAUGGGUAGUUUCUAUGCACUCUUCUCUUCAGGUGUUGAUAUUGGAAAAGUUUUAGAAUUAUUACAUCUUCCAACCGAUAGAAUCAAUCCAAGCCUCGGAGCAUUUGCUGUCGCAUUUGCAUGCACUAAAUUAUCAACUUUUAUUCGUACCCCACUUACCAUUAUUACUGUACCAAUAAUAGCCCGUUAUCUUGGUAGAGGUCCAAAAAAAUAA